CGCGCGGCCGGACCGUCGCGGGGUGACGCGCUCCGUCGCGCGCGCGAUGGCGUCCGCGGAAGACCUCCUCGCGCCGCCUCGCGCGUCGGUCGCGCUGUUGGGGUUCCCGGACCUGCACCCCGCGGUCGGCGAGUGUCUUCGCGCGCGCGCGAACCUGGAGCCGAAGAGCUUCGUCGGGGCAGAUCUCGCGGCGGAGGCGACGCGCGCGCUGCCGCCGGCGCCACCCGCGCCCGCGCCCGCGGCGCCGCCCGCGCCCGCGCCCGCCGCGGACCCGCUCGGCGCGGUCGCCGCCGCGGUCGUCCCAGCGGCGACUGCGGCGGCGGCAGACGGCGCGGGCGGCGAGAGCGACCGACGCGAUCCUCCGCCUCCGCCUCCUCUCGAUGAGAUCCUCCCCGCGGUCUGGCUCGGCGACGUCCUCGCGCGCCCGUCCGUCGCGUGCGCGCUCGUCCCUCACGAGUCCGCGGAGGGCGACCCGUCGUCCUGGGCGGCGCUGUCGUCGACGCUCGACGCGCUCCGCGCCGCGGCGAGCGGCGCGAACGCGCGACUCGUCGUCGUCGUCGCGGGCGAGCACGCCCCGGAGACGCUCUCCGAAGAUCGCGCGUCCGCCGCGCGUCGACGCGCCGGGAUCGACGCGCCGUUCCUCGUCACGCUGCCGCUGCCGCCGACGCCGGACGCGCUGGCGAGGCUCGCGGCGGCGUGCGCGCGCGCGAACGAGGAGAGAUGCGCGGCGGAGGAGCGCUCGGCGGUUACCGAGGCCGCGGCGGCGGGAGCUUCGACGUCGACGUCGGACGACGCGUCGCGCACAGCUGUGUUCGCGCGGUACCGAGCCGCGACGUUCGCGGAGCUCCGAGGCGACGUCCCCGGCGCGCUGGCGCACUACGCGAGCGCGCACGACGCGCUCCUGGUGUCGCACGUCGCCGCGGAGAAGAGCGGAGAAGAGCACGAGCGUUCGAGCGCGGCGCCGGCGCGGGACCGAGCGCGACGCGCCGCCGUCGCGGAGCUCCUCUCGAGGAAGGCGACGUCGCUGGCGCUGCGCCAACCGACCGGGGGGUCCGCGCGCGACGGCGACGCCAACGCGCGCGGCGCGGAUAUGAUGUGCGACGACCCUCACGCCGCGAUCGCGCGCUUCACGCGGCACGUCCGCGCGUUCGAGCGCGCGCCGGCGUGGCGGGACCCGUCGAGCGUGAGCGCGAAUAACGUCGCGAAUAACGCGUACGUCGCCGCGCAGUUUGAAACGUUCGCGGACGCGCUCGCGUCGAGGGUGCCGUGGGGGCUCGCCGGCGGGGAGCCGCCGCGAGGCGCGCCGAGGGAGUGGUGCCCGGGGUUUUAUUACCACGCCGCCGCGCGCGCGGCGGAGCGCGCGCGCGAGGCGGCGAUUGAGGGCGGGAGGGGCGGGUCGAACGGCGGCGGCGGCGGCGGCGGCGGCUCGACGGCGGCGGCGCAUCUGGGCGCGUUCGUGGACGCGGCGACGGGCGCGCGUCUCGGCGACGAGGCGUACCUCUCGCGUCUCGACGCGGCCGCCGCGGCGCGAGAACAUGAAACGUCGCUCGGCUCCGCCGCGAAGAUCGUCGACCUUCUGGGGAAGGCGAAGCGUCACUACGCGACGUUUUACCUCGACCAAAAGCGCGAGAGGUUCUUCGCGGGCCUCGCGUCGCAGCUCGCGCGCGCGCACUUUCAAAACGGCGACGUCGCGGCCGCGAAGACGGAGCUCGAAGCGUGCGUUUCCUCGUUUCGAAGAGAACGUUGGGACGAUCUCCUCGCGCCGUGUUUGACGCUGUCGAAAGACAUCGCGCGCGGCGCCGGCGCCGCCGCGGGCGCGGACGCCGAACUCGCGGCGAUUUGUUUAGAGCUCGCCGCGUUGGACGAAGACGCGGGACCGCGCGGCGUCGUCGACGGCGACGCCGCGAUGGCGGCCGCGUCCGCGGCGAUGGCGUCCCUGGACGCGAGCGCGAGGACGCUGGAGAUCGCGCCCGGGUCCGGGUUAGAGAGAGCGUUUCGAGUCGUCGCCGGGUUCAGGUUCCCCGCGUCCGCCGCCGCCGAGAACGCCGCCGCGACGAGCGGGGAGGCGGUUGAGUUCGCCGUCGCGCUGCGGUCGUCGCUGCCGUCGCCGCUCGCGAUCGACCGCGUCGAUAUCGAGUGCGUCGACCCGACGUACGGCUCGAUCGCGUCGGUCGACGCGAUCGACGCGCUGCCGUCGCGCGCGUGGCGCGUCGCGAGCUUCCGCGUCGUCCCCACGCGGGGGAAACCGGUGGCGGUGGCGGCGGUGUCGGCGACGUUGAAAAACGGCGUCGUCCUCCGCCGCGCGCUGGGGCUGGGUCGCGAGGGCGCGAAUCGCGCGGAAGCCACCGAACGGCUCCCGAGCGCGAUGUCGUCGGUGUCCACGCGCGUCGGCGUCUACGCGCUCGACGUGAGAGACGCGCCCGCGAAGGUGCGCUUCGCGAACGACGAUGACGAACGCGCGGAGGGCGACGAGAGAGAGAAAAAGAUAAAGAAAAAGCCGCCGACGAAGGCGCUGCUCGGAGAGACCACGCGAACGCCGCUGACGAUCGCGUCCGACGGCGACGCCCUGCGCGACUGCACGCUGAGCGUCGCUAUCGUCGCAUCGUCGGGGUUGGGGUCGGGAGACGGCGACGUGACGAUCGACGACGACGAUGGCGUCGUGGAGAUGACCGUCGACGGCGUCGCGUUGAAACCCGGAGCCAUCGCCUCCGUCGGCGACGUCGACGCGAACGCCACGCGCGCGAUGACGCUCGCGACGCGGUGGCGCCGCGUGCUGCCGACGACGCCGUUCAUCACCGCGCGCGUGACGCUGAGAGGGAAGCGAUGCGGGGAGUACGACGGCGCGGACGCGGUGAUUCGCGCGUCGGCGACGUUCGAGCUCGCGUCGGCGUUGUCGACGACGGCGGCGACGACGGGGGGGUACCGAAGACACGCGUUGCGGCCCGCGAGCGGCAGCGCGGGCGCGGGGGACGACGUCGAGGUCGAGGGGUCGCGAACCGUCGUGACGGUUCGCGUCGCGGACGCGGACGGGGCGGCGAUCGCGAUCGCGGCCGCGGACGGCGCCGCGCCCGGCGAAGGCGACGCGUUGCGCCGAGGCGACGCGUACGCGUUGGCGACGUCGAGCGACGCGGACGUCGUCGACGUGAAGUGGCGACGCUUCGGAUUCGGCGGGCGCGACGCUUCGGAUUCUCCUCAUAUUUCCGAGGAGAUCUCGUCCCGCCUCGCGCUCCCUCCGCGGAAUACGCAACGUCGACCGUCGCGCGCCCCGCCGCCGCUCACGGUGGAGCUCCGCGCGCCGCCGCGCGUCGCCGUCGGCGAGCCGUUCGACUGGCGCCUGCGCUGCGACGUCGCGUCCGACAUUCCGCAAGCGCUCUGCGUCGAGAUCGUCGACGCGAGCGGGUUCGUGUUCGCCGGCGCGCGGCGCGCGACGUACGUCGUCCCCCCGGGCGCGUCGCUGGACGUGUCGCACGCGCUCGUCGCGGUGACGAGCGGGGAGGCGCUCCUGCCGGAGGUGACGGUGACGGCGCCGAGGUUGGGCGCGAAGUGCGCGCCGCCGAGGGAGAGCCGCGCGGUGUACGUCCUGCCUCACGCGCGAGAGGUGGGGGGUGGCGUCUAG